CAGUCCAACAUCCGUCAACAAACAGGACACUAUCAGCACGUUUACAUCGCGUUUCAUAACAACAACCUGCAUAACAACGCAACAUUUCCCAGUGUUAUGUAAUCAAGUCAUUUAGAAUUAACCUCAGUCAGAGAAAUGACCUGCAUCAAACUAAUAUUUUUUAGAGGACCGCGUAUAAAAGUCGGACUUGUGGUCGGUGCAGCAUUCAGCUCCUGCAGAUGUUUCCAUGCUGAACAAGUAAGACAUGAAUCCAGCGGACUUCCGAUUGUUCAUCACAGCAAGUAUGUGUGCGACCUCCCACCCAACCACAGGUUCCCAAUGGGCAAGUUUCCCCAGGUUUUAAACUGUUUAAUCAAAGAUCAAGUCAUCACAGAGAAACAGGUGUGGGUCCCUGAAAUUGCCUCUAAAGAUUUACUCAGCUGUGUGCACACUGAGGAAUAUUUAAACAACUUCAUAAAUGGGAAAAUAAAUGAGCAAGAACAAAGGAGGACAGUUUUCCCCUGGAGUGAAGGCAUAGUGAGACGCUGUCGAUAUGAAACAGGUGGAACUGUUCUGGCUGCUCAAGUCGCUCUGCAGAGGGGUUUGGCCUGCAGCACAGCAGGAGGAACCCAUCAUGCUUUUCCAAGCUAUGGUUCAGGGUUUUGUCUCCUUAAUGACUUGGCAGUUGCAGCCAAAUACCUGAUUGGCACCUCCUCCCCGAAAAAGAAGGUUUUAAUUGUGGAUCUAGACGUACAUCAGGGAGACGGCACUGCUUUCAUUUUUAAAGAUGAGCCGUAUGUGUUUACAUUCUCAGUGCACUGUGGGAAAAACUUCCCCCUUCGUAAACAACAGAGUGAUCUAGAUGUCAGCGUGGAGGAUGGGCUGGAAGACAAGGAUUACCUGUCCACAGUGGAGGCCCACCUCCCCUGGCUGCUGGAGACCUUUCGUCCAGACCUGGUUCUGUAUGACGCAGGUGUCGACCCUCAUUGGGAAGAUGAACUCGGGAGGCUCCGUCUGACUGACCAAGGGCUGUAUCAGAGGGAUCUGUACGUGAUGAAGACUGUGGUGAGCAGAGGUGUUCCUGUGGCUGCUGUUAUCGGAGGAGGAUACUCCAGAGACAUCAACAAAUUGGCCCUCAGACACUCCAUCGUGCACAGAGCAGCCACUCAGGUUUGGAGGGAGUGUGGAAUGUAAAACCAUCAUGCCCCAAACCAAGAGGACCCUCAGAACCUACCUGGUGCUUGAUCUUUUUGAGCCAUACUGAUGCCAUAUUAAAGGAAUACUAACCCUACUUAAGUGACCCUUGUAUAUCAAUUACCCACCCCCUGUUAUGUUGAAUUUAUGAGGAAAACUUUUCUCUUGCUUGCCUCUGGUGAACGAAGAACCCAAAAAUGGAGAAAGUUUGUAAUUAAUUGAAGUAAGUGGGGGCCGUGUUUAACAACAACUAAUCUAUACCAAAACAUCUGUUUACAAACUCUCACACAUUUGUUUAGUAUAAUCCUAAGUCUUAUUUAUCCAGUCAUAUGCUCAUUACUUCCCAAAUACAUUUAUUUUCACUAAAACCGUACUAUUUAAAACUGAGCUGAAAGUUUAACUUAUCUAGCUCUCUUCAAAGCCAGACUCCAUUGACAAAAACAGUAAUUUUAUGACACUGAACACAGGAGCUGCUGGUCUACCGCUGCCUCGAACAGCUUUGUUUUAUUGUGUGACUGUUUCCUAGGGUAAGUUCUGAUUCACCAAUGUCACACAGCAACAAAAACGAACUACCUAUUGAGGCAGUGGUAGACCAGCAGCUGCUGUAUUUGAUGAGGUAAAAAUAC